AUGAACGACGAAUUGGUGUUGGUCUUCGAUGGUUCUGGGAGCCCUUCCGUUCGGAGCUUCCAGCACACCGGCCUCACGCCUGGCCUGAGGUACCGAUACCAAGUCAGCUCCGUGAGCACCGCAGGAGAGGGCAACCGCUCCGCUGUCGCCACCUUCGUGGCCGCCGUGGCGCCCUCGGCGCCGCCCCAGCCGAAGCUGGUGCUCUCCGAGCCCGAGGCCAUCACCAUCGGCCUGGAUCCGCCCUCCUCGGACGGAGGGGCGCCCCUCGUCCAGUACAUCAUCUUCUACGACGACGGGCUCAACUCGGGCCAGCUGACGAACUCCAGGACCAUCUGCGACCUGUCGGUCACGUCGUUCGUGGUCGACGGCCUGACCAGGGGGAGGGAGUACAAGUUCCAGGUGCAGGCGCUCUCCGAGUGUGCUGGCGGCGAGUCCCCCGAGCCCCUCCUCGACAACGGGGAUGCCCCAGAGUGCCCGGUUGGCUACAACCCGUGCACGCUGGCCGGAGAGCCCUCAGCAGCAUCAGCCUCUUCACCGCCGCGAGCACCCCAGAGACCGUCACCAUCGCCCCCGUAG